UACACUUUGUUAUACUCAAUUCCUGUUGAUGAAGGCCACAUUAUCUAUUAUUAAGUAGAAAAGGCGUCUUAUCGGUAAUGUAUUUGACGUAAAGGUGUUCCUGAAUUUAGUAAUUAAUGUAUUAGUUUUGAGCAUGAGUGCAUAAAGAUGGAUAACCAGAGACGUAAGGUCGGCCAAACCAGCACAAACAUUGGACACGUGUAUUCGCAACCUCUGCCGUUUUAUAUUAACACUUGUAAGAAUGCCCCUCUUCCACCAGUCCUCACUUGUCAGAACAGAGUGCCUGCCUCUGCUCACUUCUCUCUCACCUCACACAUGGAGCAUGACAGAAAGCCUCUAAAUGGACCACUGUACAAUGAAAUCCACUCAAAAGCCCCUGCGCACUGGACCACACACUUCCUCAAUAAGGUGGCCCACAGGCUCAGAGACCACCUAACAGAUAGGGUUGUCUCUAAACCCAUCAGUGAAAUGCAGGACCACUACAGAGGUCAAUCAGCAACACAAGAUCUACUGGGUGAUUACCAGAGCAUGAUGCAGGCACUAUACAGACAGCUGGAUACAUCUCAGGAGUUUAUGCGACAGCCAGUCCUUUGCACAACCAAGACCGACUUUAAGCGCUUCAGCAGGUCAGAUUUGACUCCUUUCUCUGUCAUGGAUGCAGCUAGCUUUAAUGGACCCCUUACCAAGAGUGGAGCUCACAGCCGACUUCCUGCUCUGAAAGCUCCAUCCACUUUAGCAUUUCAACCCCAGCUGCCUCGCCUACCUUUCCCUUUGCCCCACAGGGGUAGAAGUAGUCUGUAUAUGGAAAGUUUUACUGUACCUGUGCCUCCCCCAACAUUGCCUCCCACCAAUACUGCACAAAUUGGGAAGAAACAACAAGAAGAUUGUGGUAAUGGUGUGUUACUAGGAAUUCUGGGUGUGCCCAAAAUGUAUAGUACAGAAAAUCAGGUAUAUGGAGGAAACAAAAUGUUUAUAGUGUAGACAAAAUAUUGUGGAUAUUUGGCUUUUAAUGCCUGCUAGAAUUAAUUUCAAAAUAUGUUCUCAUCAGCAUUGUUCGAUUGUCAUUCUUUUGUCACUCAGAGGUUCAGUAAUAAAUGGAGAACAAAAACAUGUUAAGAGUGAUUGGUUGAGACAUUAUUGAUUUAUUGAUCUGGUGUGUGAGGAUGUUUGUGUGUGUGUGUGUGUGUGCAUGGGUGUCUUUUUAUGUUUAGAUUUAAAAUGAAUGUGGGUGUAUGUGUCUAUUUUUCCCAUUGUGCAUUAAUUUACAUGUGCACUUGAUGUAAAAUAUAUAUACUCCUGUAGAUUACAGUAAGCAUGCUAAAAUCUUAGGAUAAAAGCUGGAAGAAAAGAAGUCCAGUGCAAAAUAGCUGAGGAGGCAGUUAGCUACACACCGAGACAACUCAAGAGGUUUGCAGAAAUGUACCGUACACAACUCGUGAAAGAAGAGAGCCUGAGAGAAAACAGAGAGGGUGAUAGUGGAAAAAAUAUAUAUUUGUCAAUAUUGCAGAUUAGUUUGAAUUUGUAUUUUUUUUUUCCCACCCACUUGCUCUUGCUCUCAUUCCCCUGCUCUGUAUCAGAGAUAGAGGAACUAUGACCAAUUUAAGGCCACAUAUGGAAGGUGGGAGGAUAGAAAAUAGGGAACAGGUGAAGGCAAGGUGUAUGAAAGGGAAGAGGCCAGAUUAAUUCAGCAAAGAGCUAUCAAAAGCUUAACUAACAGACAAAAAGGUUGAUUCUAUUUAAUAAUUAUUUACAUUAUGCCAAUUGGAGCCAAGGUAAAGAAUUCUCACCUCUUGGGACCCGAGCAUGACUGAUGUGUACAUUUUACAUUUCCAAAUAGUAGCUCCUAAGAAACAUGCAAAAAAAAAAAAAAACACGAUUUAGACCAAAUAACAUGUGGACAGUGGGACUAAGUUGUGACAUUUUAAAUAAUACCAACCUAAGUUGUUUAUUAUGUUUCCAGGAGUGUUGGUUAUUCAUGUUUGAGACAUUACAGAGAUUACAUCUCACAGUCAUUCUCUCUCGCGUCUUCCUAGGACUCUUAUUUUGAAGUUUUCCCCCAGACUACAUCUCCCAUAGUUCACUGCCCUCAUCACUUCCAUCUGCUCCUCAUCAUCCUAACCUGUAUUCCAUUCCCUAGUUCCCUCUAGUUUUGUGCAUUCGGUUGUCAGUCCUUGAAGUGUUCUGUUUAAUGGUUUGUUGUGAUGUUUAGCUUUAUUGUUUUAUUCCACUCCAGCAUUUAUAAUUAAAAGAUUGAACGCUGCUACUCCUGCGUCUUCCUCUCCAAGAACCCAACACAUUACAUUACAGAAAUUAGCAUACAUAAUUCUGAUUCAAAGAAAUGGGCAUCAUCAUCCAAUCACUGCCAACCAUGUUAAAAUAAAAAUUUGCAUGAAAAAUGUAAUCAAUGUACUGAUUACCAUGUCUGCCAAACAUGUUGAGAGGUCCAAACAUCUGCAGCCUGAAACUGAACUUUUGAUCGGAUGUUAGGAGUGAAUGCACUUGGCUGCAGGAAAGCUAUAUGCUCCCUUGCUUCCUAUUUAAUGCAUGACUUAACCUCUAGUGUGCUGUCUGUCUACACUAGUCUCAGAACAGUGUAUUUUCAUCCUAACUCCAUAUAAUGCCUCUGAAAGCAAAAUGUUCCAGCAUUUGGA